GCGGCUGAUCAUGCUGUGUAAACUGAGCGCCUACCUUUAAAUCGGAUAGCAAGUCAGCUGCUUCUGAAUCACUGACAAAGGGGUAGGCAUAUCAUUAUCCUAAGAUUCUGGAAUACAGUACUUUCGUUUUUUAUGAGGACAAAAAAGCAGCAGACUUUCUAUUUAGUACGGGGGGUCCGCUGAAUAGUAUGGGAGCGCUAUGUUGGCCAGAGAAAGGAUUAUACCUGAGGAUUUUAUUCCGACACGUUUAGCCGAGGAUGUCUCUCAACCGAAGUUUAGAGCCAAACAGAGGAAGGCUCGCUUUGUGGCGAAGAAUGGGACCUGCAACGUUGCACAGACGAAUAUCCAAGAGCAGGGACGGUUUCUACAGGAUGUUUUCACCACCCUAGUGGAUUUUAAAUGGCUGUAUACUCUUAUAAUAUUUACUAUGUCGUAUCUUUGCAGUUGGCUGCUGUUUGGUAUGAUUUGGUGGCUUAUAGCCUUUGCACACGGAGACCUCGACCAGAAUAGCGACAGCUUUGUUCCCUGUGUGACGAGCAUUCAUUCUUUUUCUUCGGCCUUCCUUUUCUCUAUCGAGGUGCAGGUGACCAUCGGCUUUGGGGGGCGGAUGAUCACAGAAGAAUGCCCAGCUGCCAUCCUGUGUCUCAUCGUCCAAAACAUCGUGGGUCUUGUCAUCAACGCAAUCAUGCUGGGUUGCAUUUUCAUGAAGACAGCUCAAGCCCAUCGCCGAGCGGAGACCCUUAUUUUCAGCAAGCACGCUGUAAUUGCGAUCAGGGACAGCAAACUUUGUUUCAUGCUGCGAGUGGGGGACCUGAGGAAGAGUAUGAUCAUCAGCGCUACCAUAAAAAUGCAAGUAGUUAGGAAGACGACCACUUUGGAGGGGGAGGUCGUGCCCCUUAACCAGAUAGACAUCGAGAUGGAGAACCCAGUGGGUACCAAUGCCGUCUUUUUGGUGUCGCCCCUUAUUAUAUCCCACGUUAUUGACAAAAAGAGCCCACUGUAUGAGAUAUCGGCUAGUGAUUUGCACCAUGAAGAUCUGGAAGUGGUUGUCAUUUUGGAAGGAGUUGUGGAGACCACUGGUAUCACUACUCAAGCCAGAACGUCUUACUUAGCUGAGGAGAUACUUUGGGGGCAGCGGUUUGUACCUGUAGUCUCAGAAGAAGAGGGAAGGUACUCGGUGGACUACUCAAAGUUUGGAAACACCGUGAAAGUAGCUACCCCCAGCUGCAGUGCUAAAAAUCUUGACCAAGAUGGAAGUCUCUUAAAAGUAAAACUCCAUGACCCUUUGACACAAAAGGAUUUGGUGAGAAAAAGAACCAAUGCCUCAAUCCGAUUCAAACAAAGACUAUGUCAACCAGUAACAAUAAUUAAAGACUAAUAAUAAUGCAGAAUAUUUAUAUUUUUAGCAUGGGUGAUGUUAUGCCACAUUAUUGUCGUCCACAAAUAUUAGAUCUGAGGUAUCGGAUUAUAAUUCUUCUGGUAUCAAUUUAUGUACACACUACAUUUAUUGUAAAACCAUUUUUAAAAAUCCGUAAAAAUACAACAGUCUUACAGGUAACUUUCUGUACAUUUGUCAGUUACCAAUACGUUCUGUAAACGUUCGUUCAUUUUUGCGAAUGUAGUCUGUUACUGUUACACGUUGCUGCGUUUUGUUUGCAGUUUUGCAUAUUUUUUUAACAGUAAGACAUGUAAAAUGUAACUUCUGCAUUAACAUUUACAUGUACUGUAUUUCACCAAACGUGUUAUACAGCAUGCUUUACAUUUUCGGGAAAUGUUAUCAGACUUGAAUGACUUGUUUUAUAUUUAUUUGUCAUUCUAACGUACCUAUGUUUGUACACGAACAAGGGAUAAAAACAGUGAGUAACCAUUGCAGUGUAUGGCACUGUAUUUAAUACAAGUUGGCGAGUACUUAAUAACUCUGUAGCCUAUAACCUGCAGUUCUGGAAAUAGGUAUCAUCUACACCCCGCACGCAUUUUUUAGUUUAUAUUCAAAAUAUUGUAUGAUUUUGACUUGUGGAGGAAAAAUAUAUAUAUUGACACUUUUUUUAUUCAGCCCCAAUGUCUUAAACCUUUCAUAAAUAUCCUAUAAUUAUUUAUACAAUAAAAUGUGCUAUAUACCCCUACAAUCAAUUUAAAAGGCAUGUUGUUUUGCAAAAAGUACUACUCAGGUAAACAAGUGAUUAAACUAUUAUAUGACAAAAAGAAUAUACGAAUGUGUUAAUUAUUUUUUGAAUGUGUAGAUUCGAUUAUAAUCUUUUGUUUUUUCUUGUUUUAUACAAUGGCGGCAAAGGCAACAGUGGUGAUCUCAGUUAUUGGUUAUUAUAAAACGAGCAGUUCCACGUUUUGUUUUAAUAUAUUGCAUUGCAAUUUAUUACUUUUUUAAGUGUCACUUCAGACUUGAAAAAUAAAUCAAUGAAACAGUUUCAUCUGGAAAAGAAAAAUACAAUUAGUAAAUCUAAUUAAUAUAUAUAUAUAUAUAUAAGUCUACUCAGAAAGAAAAAUAAGCAGUAUUGGAGCCGUUCUAUUUUAUUGCCAAACGUUUGGCGCCCUCUGCUGAAUUUAUGAGUUCAGUAGUUCUGUUCUAUUCACUGGCUAAGCUAUUUGAAUACCAUCCUGUGUCACGCAUGUCGUUUUUUGAUUAAAGGAAGUUAUAACUCA